GAAACGCCUUCUGUGAUUUUAUUCAGACAGAAUACGCAAAGCAAGGAAAGCACUUUCCACACGGAAAUAAUGAUUCAGACGAUUUCCACGGGAUUGAAUUUGAAGCCAAGAGAAGACACAUUCAAAGAAUACAUCACAUUGGUUGGAAUUGAUGUGACAUAUCUGUUAGUGAUCAUGUUGGCAGUCAUGAUUAUCAUAGGCAGCAUAGAGGCCCUUCAAACAUUUUUCUAUAACAAUAUCACAGUCACAUUGGGAAUUGUGUAAGUCAAUUGUCUCAGUUUGUCAUUGUCUCUUCUUAUGGAUAUCAAAGCUGGUGAUUAUUCUUCUGUUUGAUAAAUUCUGAUGCUUUUACAUUGAAAGUGUAUGCAUCAAAUCCACAAUAUUUUUUUUUCAUUUAGCGUAUUUGCUGCCGCUCUGCUUGUCUUCACGUUUGCGGUCAAGAAAAUUCAGGAAAACUUUUGGUAUUCUCAUAUUGCUUAUGGACUAAUCGUCCUACUCAUAUCCAUCGCAUACUGUUGUGUUUUUCAUGGAUUCAUUGCUCUCAAUAUUUUUAUAAUUUUGAAUGUGGCUCUAGCAAUAGCUGCUGCAGUCGUGUUAAUCGCUGUCAAUCUGAAACGCUUAGAUUUAACAGCGUUUACGGCAGUCGAAGCUGUGAGCGAACUGUGUCUCUGUUUCGGUGCAAUGUUUGGUUUAUUUCUUCUUGGAAACACAGUACGCUGCUGUGUGGGUAAUCCACAUAUAUUCUGUUUUGCAAUGACUCAAGCGUUCUUUUUCUGGAUUUUCAUUACUCUCUUAUUCUCAGCUAUUUACUUGUUGACAUUACCUCCAAAAACUAAUGCUGAUGAAAGCGAUCAAGAAAAACCUGAGUCUGAUUCCCAGGACACAAGUGGACAAGUAUACCACGUCAAGUAAAAAUUUCAAUUUUGGAAAUCCAUUCAGAAACGCUCAAUGUCAUACAAAAAUACAACAUUGCAUGAAUAUAUACUGGCACUUUUAUUGGAUGUCAC